GUUCGUUUCACUGGAUCAUACAAUUUUCAGUAAAUAAGAUGAACCGCUGGCUAAAUCGCGUUGCUGUUGUAACUGGUGCUAGUUCCGGGAUUGGGGCAGCAUGCUGCAAAGAUCUGGUGUCCAAAGGAAUGAUCGUCGUAGGAUUGGCGCGACGUGAGCAUCGACUGCAGGAGCUAAAGUCGUCUCUGCCCGACGAUCAAGGGGCGCGUUUUCAUGGUCGCCAGUGCGAUGUCAGUGUGGAACAGCAGGUAAUUGAUGCCUUUGCUUGGAUCGAGCUGACUUUGGGCGGGGCCGACGUAUUGAUUAACAAUGCCGGCAUAGUGCGACGCACCAACAUCACCGAUGAGGGCAACACGGACGCUCUGCGCGCCAUAUUGAGAAAAGUGAACGAUGGCCAUGUGGUGCUAAUCAAUAGCCUGGCCGGGCAUAUAGUGCCAAUGGUGGCGGGGAUUCAAUUCAAUAUGUAUGCGCCCUCAAAGCAUGCCAUAACUGCCUUAACCGAAGUCCUGCGACAGGAGUUCCUCAACAAAGGAACCAAGACAAAGAUUACGAGCAUCAGUCCCGGCGUUGUGGACACCGAAAUCUUCGACAAGAAUUCCGCGGAGCUGGCCAAGACCAUGCCAAUGCUGCGUGCCGAAGACGUGGCCGAUGCAGUGACCUAUUGCAUCCAAACACCACCUAAUGUGCAGAUUCAUGAGCUCACUAUCAAGCCCGUGGGUGAACGAUUCUAAGAUUAAUAUAUUCGUAUCUACAAUUAAAAUUACCCUGCAAUUCAAA